CUCCUGCUGCACAAGCGCAAGGAUCCAAGUUCAAUCCCCAGUACCAAAAAAAAAAGGCUGGGAAUAUAACUCAGUUUAAAGGCCCAGUACCACUACCACCCAUACACACACACAAACUCUUCAUUGCAUGUGAGAUGACUCUUUUUUUGUUCUAAGGAUCAGACCCAUGGGUGCUGUGCCACUGAGCUACAUCCCCAACCCCUUUUUAUGUUUUCGAGACUGGAUCUUGCUAAAUUGUGCAGGUAGAAUUUGAACUUGCCGUCUUUCUGCCUCAAAUUCCCAACGUGCUGGGUGCCACCACACCUGCUUCAGUAUUUUAAACAUUUAUAUGCGAGCCAGGGAUUUAGCUCAGUGGUUACGCCUCCUGCUUCGCAAGCGCAAGGACCCGAAUUUGACCCCCAGUACCAAAAACCCCACAUUUAUAUGCUAAUGAGAAAACUUGGCAGUCCCCACACUCUAAUUGUGAAUCCUGAUGUCAUGGUUAGUAUAUGAGAAAUACGCAUCCUGAAAUAGAUGAAAUAGCUGGGCAUUGCAGUCCACACAUACAACCCCAGCACUUGGGAGACUGAGGCUACAUGGUAAGAUUUUACCUUUAAAAAAAAAAAAGAAAUAGUAUAAAAUGAAUUAAAAAUACACUUUGUAACUUGCUGCUGGUCCUACCUUGGCUUUGUAUAUUGUGUAGGACAAAAUACAUUAGUUCCCUGUCUCAUUUAGAAAAGGGAGCUUCUUUGAGAUACAGGGCCACCCCAGACUCCUGUGUCUUUAUAACUUGAUACAUGCAUGUUUAGAGGGUAUUGGUUAGUUCAGGGUGUGGAGGAUAAUUUGACCUGGCUGCUUGGCCCUUGGGAAGGGAUUUCUUUCUGGACUUGAUUCCCUCCGCUAAUGGAUUGGUUAUGUUCUCUUGACAGUUGUCACUGCUUGGGCUAUGCUGAUUAUCCCCCAUCUGCAGCAGAAAAAACAGGAAUCCCAGGAUGGGAGUUAGGGGCAGAGACUGCUCUUCCUAGGGUGACUUAGUUGUUCAGAAGUGGUGGUUGCAGGCCAGGCACAGUGUGGUACAUGCCCUUAAUCCCAAUACUCUAGGAGGCUGAGACAGGAAAAUUACAACUUUGAGCUCAGCCUAAGCAACUUAGGCUCAAAUGAAUGAACAAUGAAUGAAUGAAUCGCUGAAGAUGUAGCUCCAUUCAGUCCCCAGUAUGAAAGAGGAGAAAACAUUUGUGGUUGCCUCAAGAGAGGCAUGUUAAAAAGCUUUUCAUUUUGGGGGAAAGAUGACCUGGCAGAACGUCAGCUCUCCCAGGUACAGCCAUGAAAAUGAUGGUCCUUGCCUGUAAGAGGCUAUUAAUGACCAAAGGUGGAGCAAGUCCUAAUGGCCCAGCUAGACUAGAAGACAUCUGUUUGCUCCCUUUUGUAGGGAGGCAAGGAAACAGGUGGCACUGACAUUGUUAGGCUUUUUCAAGCCUAGCUUUCUCCCAGACUGGCACAGCGUCCCCACCCAUUCUAACCUGCCCAGGCCUGUGGCUGCUGCCCAGGGAGCCAAGGCUCCUCCCCAAACAAACUAAAAUCUUGUGGACUUCGUAGUCUGGACUCAGCCUUUGUCCUACCGUGUCGUCUUCGGGACUAGGCUGGUGUCGGUCCCAUGGCCUCCUACCAUGGGGAGCCAGGGCUCCUGCCCUGUGGGUCCUGUGACAUGGUUUUCCGCUCCUGGGGCCUGUUGGCCACCCACACUCAGCGCUUCUGCAUUGGCCGCCUGACCAGGGAGGUGACUCUGGGAACAAAGCCCUCUACUGAAUCAGGGGGUAUCUCGGCUGUGUCACAAGAACUCCAGGGCCCCUUGGACCAGGAGGCCAGCAAAUCUGCUCUAGAGAGGUUAAGAGAGGAGGUACAGUGGCUGCGGCUGGCCCUGCAGGAAAUAAGACCCCAGAUAGCAGAGGGCCCCUCCUCUGAGGCUGCCGGGAGCCCUGGGCAGCGGCUUCAGGCACUGCAUGGGACUCAUGCCAGACGCAGGGUGCAGACUGAAGCACAGGGCCGGGCCCUGGAACAACGAAGUGCAGAACUGAGCCUGCGCCUCCAAGGUUUGGCCCGGGUCCGGGGUGGAAUACCUUACCUCUUACGCCUGGCACAAGAGCUUCGAGAGCUUCGGGCCGAAGCAGGGCGGACCAGAGGAGCUCUAGAGGUGUUUGGGGCACGCGUUCAAGAGCUUGAGCCCCAAAUAGGAACCCGGUCAAACACCCUGCCAGAAGCUGAGCUGUAUUGGCCUGCGCUGCAAGCUAAUGCAGGGAGCCUAGCUGCUGAGAUUGGGACCCUAUGUGAGGUUUACAUUCGAGGUGGGGGCCGAGACCCUGGUGUUCUGAGCAAGAUGCGGCAGUUGCAAGCAGAGGCAUCAGCGCUGGAGCUUCGGAGAAAAGGCAGGCACUGCCUCAGGGCAGCUUCUGGUAAUAGAAGAGGAAAACCAGUGCCUGGAGGCAGAAAUUCUGGCCUUGCAGAUGCAGAAGGGCCUGGGCCAAGCACUCAGAGGCCCUGGGAAGCCACGACUCCUGCAGGGAAGAGACGCCCCACUCCUCCCUCCACCAGUAGCAUCCCCAUUGCCACCACUUCCAGGCUCCACAAACUUCCAGUUCUUGGGCAGUGCAGAAAAGGUUGUGAGAACCCAAGGGUGGGGAGGGGAAUGGGGUAUCAGGAUCGGCUGUGUUCUGUGCAUUUCUGGGGGAGGCAGGUGCCACUAGAAAGCUUUCUGGAGGACUUACUUAACUCUUCCCCACAGCCACUACUUCCUGGAACCAUGACCAGGAACCUGGGCCUGGACCCAUACAUUCUGCCCACAUCUGAUGUGCUGGGCCCUGCACCCUAUGACCCUGGGGCUGGCCUGGUUAUUUUCUAUGACUUCCUGCGAGGACUUGAGGCUUCUUGGAUUUGGGUACAGCUAAUGACUGCCUUGACCCGAGACGGACAGGACACAGGAGGGACCACAGCAUUGCCCCCAGCCCUUUGCUUACCCUCACCUUCAACUCCUGGGCCUACGGGCAACUGUGCCAUCCUUGCUAGCAGGCAGCCUGUACCCAGACUGCCCCCAUCACCUUUGGUAUCCUUGGUCUGUGAGCUACAAGCCUGGCAGGGGCUCCCAUGGGUUAGGACACCACAGCCAAAGGCUUGGGCCUCACUGCCGCUAUUUGAUCGAGAUCUGAGGGUACUAAGUGGCCACUGGCGCCUCCCACUUCGGGCCCUUCCUCUGGACUCCAGCCUCAGCCUAAGGCAGCAGAAUGGGAUUCCCCAGGCAGGCCAAGCUGAGCUCUUUCUUCGGCUGGUGAAUUCGAGAGAUGCGGCUCUCCAGAUAUUGACAGAGAUCAGUCCAGCUAGUGCCCACCAGUACCAGUACCCACCACUGGUAUCCAGCUCAUCUUCACUGGAAGCCACCUCCUGCACACCUAAAGUUGGCUCUACUGAUCCACUUCCUGCAGAACAGCCUUUGGCACCAUGAAGGACAAAGAUGAGGGGUUAGGGCCUCAUCACAGCUCUGACCCAGAUCUGCCAGGUUUCUGAGCCAAGGUGAAUGUGAGGCUUAUUCCCAAAUCUUACUCCGUGUUCUAACAUAGGGACUAGAGGCAAAUAAACAGAAAACUCCUGCACUUGCACUUUUGUAAAAGAGUAAAGAUUUAAUGACUCAUAUAUAUUAUCACCUGGGUUUUUCUGAAAGGUGACUAAGUUUUGCUAAAGCCAGCUUUAUUGUCAAACUUCAUUCAAAUCCAAGCUUCCUUAAGACCUCCGCUCAGAAGCCUUUCGGCUCUCAAUUUUGAGAUGUGCCCACGAAUGGGGCUUCCAGGAUGGGCCCUCAGCCCAAUGAUGUUCCAGCCAAGUAGGCAGUCACAUGCUGAAAUUUCAUAUUGGGCCUAGGCCCAGAUCCCAGUGUCACCAGAGGUGGUCAAGGGCCUGGGGGUCAACCAUGUCAUGUAUGUCCUACCUUCUCCCCCCCAAAAGUGGGAAAAAAGCCUUAGGACCUGAAACAUGCAACACUAGGCAUCUUUAAGAAGGAAGUUCAAGUCAGGCUUGGUGAGACAUACCUGUAAUCCCAGCACUCAGGAGACUAAGGCAGGAUUGCUGUUUGAGGCCAGCCUGAACUAGUGAGACCCUGCCUCAAAAAAAAAAAAAUUCAGUCAGGAUAAGCCAGAUUCUGCAGGCAUGAGAUAGUGGCCAGCCCAGGAGCAUUUUUUUUUUUGGACAGUGUCUUGCUCUGGUAGUUCAGGCUAUCCUUGAGCUCACUAGCAGCCCAGGCUGGCCUAGAACUCACGGCAAUCCUCCUGCCUCAGCCUCCCAAGUGCUGGGAUUGCCAGUAUAAAACCAUGCCAGACUUUCUUGUAUUUAUUUUGAAAACAAAAAAUGACAGGAAUUCAACACAGCUGUCAUCUACAGUGAAUUGUUAAAACCACAGAUUCCAACUUGCUGCUACAUACAGCAAGUAGGGAGGCAUUGUUUGGAAUUCACAUACUGCCUGAUCCAUAAAAAUAAGUUCUAAUAAAGAGAUGGUUGGCUCAUUCAGGGUCUUUUCACAUCACAUGGCCUGUAUCCUGGACAUCUGAGAGAACCCAAUGGGACAGCAUUGGUAUGAGUGCCCUGACCACCGUGGAACACACAGAACUGCUGGGCCAGUUUGUGCUUUUUAAUUUCAUGCAAUGAAAUGUUCUAGUCACCUCAGGAUCCCACAAUAAAAGCUUUAAACAUAA